CCAUAAAAAAUAUAACACACACACACACACUGAGAGAGAGAAUUUCCUUCUCUCUCUACCCCUUUCUCUCUCUCUGUCUCUCUCUCUCUCUAUAUAUAUAUAUAUAUGAAAAAAUAGUGCAAGUCUGCAACCAACCAAACCAUCAAGCAUGGGGUUCUUGAUUGAUCCAUGCUUGAUUCGGGCCCUUUUCUCUUUCUACAUGCUGUCAAUAAUUUUCGCUACCUCAUCAUUAGCAGCAGCCAAAACCAGGCAUUUCAAAUGGGAGGUGGAGUACAUGCACUGGUCUCCAGACGGCCCGGAAAGCGUGGUUAUGGGCAUCAACGGCCAGUUUCCAGGCCCGACCAUCCGCGCUCGGGCCGGCGAUACCGUGCACGUCGAGCUCACCAACAAGCUCCACACUGAAGGAGUUGUCAUCCACUGGCACGGAAUCCGACAGAAAGGGACGCCGUGGGCAGAUGGGACAGCGUCUAUCUCACAGUGUGCUACUAAUCCUGGAGAAACGUUUGUCUACAGGUUUAAAGUUGACAGGGCGGGCACAUACUUUUACCAUGGGCACUACGGGAUGCAAAGAUCAGCAGGGUUGUAUGGGUCCCUAAUCGUUGACGUGGCGGAAGGAGAGAAGGAGCCGUUCCACUAUGAUGGGGAGUUCAACAUUCUGCUCAGUGAUUGGUGGCAUAAGAGCUCCCAUGAACAAGAGGUUGAUCUCUCCUCUAACCCCAUGCGCUGGAUUGGUGAGCCACAGACGUUGCUGAUUAAUGGGAGAGGGCAGUUCAAUUGCUCGUUAGCGGCGCGUUUUAGCAGUUCCUCAACAGCAAACGAGUGCAGGUUAAGAGGAAAUGAGCAGUAUGCACCCCAAAUCCUCCGUGUUCAGCCAAACAAGACCUACAGGCUCAGAAUAGCCAGCUCCACUGCAUUGGCUUCCCUCAACUUGGCCAUUGGGAAGCACAAGUUGGUGGUGGUGGAAGCCGAUGGCAACUAUCUCCGGCCAUUUUCAGUGGACAACAUCGACAUAUACUCCGGUGAGAGCUACUCAGUCCUCUUUACAACCAAUCAAGAUCCCUCCAACAACUACUGGAUAUCGACCAACGUACGAGGCCGAGAGCCCAAGACGCCGCCCGGCCUAACCAUACUCAACUACAGCCCGACAUCGGCCUCAAAGCUCCCCAAUUCACCACCACCCGUCUCACCACGAUGGGAUGACUACGGCUCCAGCAAGGCCUUCUCGAACAAGAUUCUUGCCCUCACCGGCACGCCUAAGCCCCCAACUACAUCCGACAGGAGAAUAGUCCUCUUAAACACUCAAAAUUUCAUGGACGGACACACCAAAUGGGCUAUCAACAAUGUGUCAUUAGUCCUCCCUGCCACCCCUUACUUAGGCUCCAUCAGGUUCGGCCUGAGCAACGCUUUCGACAAGAAACGCCCUCCCGACAACUUCAAACACGACUACGAUGUAAUGAAGCCCGCGCCUAAUCAGAACACAACAUCCGGAAACGGAGUCUACGUGCUGAAAUUCAACACAACAGUUGAUGUCAUACUGCAGAAUGCAAAUGCCCUCAAGGCGAAUGUGAGUGAAAUCCACCCCUGGCAUUUACAUGGCCAUGACUUCUGGAUUCUUGGCUACGGAGAAGGGAAGUUUACAGAGAGCGACGUCUCGAAAUUCAACUUGAAGAACCCUCCCUACAGGAACACGGCCGUCAUUUUCCCCUACGGAUGGACUGCACUGAGGUUCGUGGCGGAUAAUCCAGGCGUGUGGGCGUUCCACUGCCACAUCGAGCCCCAUUUGCAUAUGGGGAUGGGAGUCGUUUUCGCGGAGGGCGUUCGACGCGUGAAGAGGAUCCCUAAUGAGGCUCUUGCCUGUGGCUUAACAGGGAAGUUGCUGAUGAACAAUGUGCACAAAUGAGACUAAUCAGCUAUCAGUUCUCAGCAUUUUCCACGUUCUUUUUUUGGUUGUUUUCUUGUGUUCUUGAUCAGAGUUGGCUCGGUUAAUUGAGAGGAAAAAUCCACCGAACUACUGCUAUUUAUGAUCUGUGCAUGUUUGUUAAUUCAAGUUCAGGUACAUGAA